AUGUUUUACUACAUUUUACCACUAAUAUUGGUAGUGCAGUUUAUUCGAUUUUGCUUAGCCGAUGCUGACUUAACGGUUUUAUACAAAGAAAAGUUUGGUCGACCAAUCUCUUCAUUAAAUGGCAAAGUCGUUUGGAUUACUGGUGCUAGUAGCGGGAUUGGGGAGUAUGCGGCUUAUAAUUUGGCGCAAAAUUGCAAGGACAUUCGGCUAAUUUUGUCGGCUAGAAGAGAAGAUGAAUUAAAGCGUGUCAAACAAGCUUGUAUAGGGUAUGGAUUAAAGGAAUCAGCUGUCAAAAUUGUAAUUUUGGAUCUCGCCGAUAUUCAAAAACAUAAUGACGUCGUUGCGGAGGCUGUUCAGUGUUUUGGAGUUGUUGAUAUCCUUAUAAAUAAUGCCGGAAGAUCACAACGCUCUUUGGCAAUGCAGGCAGAUAUCAGUGUUGACCAGUAUCUAUGCCAAUUAAAUGUCAUUGGUACAAUUUCUUUAACUAAAUCUAUCCUUCACAAUCAUAUGUAUGCAAGAGGUAAAGGCCUCUUAGUAGUUAUAUCCAGUCUUGCUGGUAAAUUCGGCGUUCCAGGUAGCAGUGGGUACAGUGCCAGUAAAUUUGCACUUCAUGGCUUCUUUGAAGCAUUAAAUUUUGAACUUUUUGCCACAAAUCCUGGCAUCAAAACUAGCAUAAUAUGUCCUGGAGCAGUUGUGUCAAAUGUGGGCAAAAAUGCAUUGUCAGAUAAUGCUGAUAAGGUAACCAACAUCUUGAUUGGGAUGGAUAAUUCGAAAAAAAUGCCAACGGAUCGCUUUGCGCAUUUAAUGUCGGUAGCGAUUGCUAAUGAAAUUGAUGAAGUAUGGAUCUCUAACCAUUUGCCAUUACUUAUGACAUAUUUAAUGCAGUAUACCCCAUCUGUGGGUAAAUGGUAA